AUGCCAUUUGUUGCGCGACCUGAUCAGGUGGCAGCCUUCCAGAAGGCAUGUAGCCAACCCAGCUAUUCCCAAGAAGCGCUCAAUGUUGAGUUCACAACUACCACCGAAUUUGACAGAAGUGUACUCCCUCCUCACCUCGAACCUACUGAUCAGGCAAAAGGAUUGAUCAACAUCUCAACCUGGCAGAGCAAUGUCUGCGGAGAUUUUGAGCUUUCUUCUGUCUUGGUUCAAUGUAAGGAGGGGGAGAAAGAAGGCUAUUGGGUGAUCAAUCUGAUCGUCAGUGAAGGUCAUGCAAUCACUUGGGGUAGGGAAACUUGGGGUGAAGGAACCAGACUUAUCGAGAUUGACGCCGAGUUGACAGAAUGGCUUGAGCCAAACGCCACUGAAUGGUAUAGCUUUGAAGUCAAAGCAUUUCCAGACAGUCGUGGACUCGGUAUGCAUAGUGAUCCACUGGCUAUCACGUUGAAGGUGGUGGAACAAAAUGUAAAACGAGCAUCAGGAAAAGUGAAGCUGACACUCAGAGGAACUGAGAGUGAUCCACUUCAUACCAUCCCCAUCACCUCUAUCUCGGAUGUCUUCUAUAUCAGUGGUGAGACCAAAUGGACGGUAGAUGACGAACGACCAUUGAAAGGCGGUGACGCCUACUUGCCAUUUCUUGUUGGCCGACAUUACGACGUGAUCUCUGACUUCCACGUUGGAUCUGGCUUUCCGAGCCACAUGGAGACACAUGAGUCUAGUGACAAGACUGAAACUCGAUUAUUUCGGAGCUGA